AUGGUUAAGUUUUCCAAAGAGCUCGAAGCUCAACUUAUCCCCGAGUGGAAGGACGCUUUUGUCAAUUACUGGCUGCUCAAAAAACAUGUCAAAAAGAUUAAGCUAUCAAGAAAAGCCAAGAAGCAUGUGCCCAAUGCCGAACAAGACUUCGGUCGGUCCAUUUUCGACCCGAUUCGUGUUCUUGCCGGAAGAAUAACCGGCGGGGCCACCGCUUGUCGGAACACGGAAAUCAUUCAGGUUAAGAAUAGAAUUGAUGUGCAAGAAGAAGAAGUUGAACUGUAUGAAACCGAACUAGUACAACUAUUUUCUGAAGAGGACGAGGUUAAAGUGUUUUUCGAGACGUUAGACGAUGAGCUUAAUAAAGUAAACAAAUUCUACCGAACUAAAGAGAGCGAGUUCCUUGAAAGAGGAGAGAUAUUAAAUAAGCAGCUUCAGAUUUUGCUCGACCUCAAGCGCGUAAUCGGCCGAAAAACCCAAGCCGCCAGGUCGGGCGACAGUUCGGCGUUUCUCUCUCGGACAACCUCACCGUCUGGCCGGAAUUCGGAUUUUUCAGAAAGUCAGAGUUCUGAAUAUUGUGACAGCCCAAUAGAUUCCCAAACAGAAGAUGUAAUUGCCGCACUUGAAAAAAAUGGCAUUAAUUUCGUAAACUCGGCCACAAGGGAAAAGACUAAAAAGGGCAAGCCGAAGACGAUGGCCAUGCGAAUUGAUAUUCCGGCCACCACGCCGACACGAACGAUAGCCGCCCUCACAUCUAUGCUAUGGGAGGACAUGGUGAAUAACCCCAAAAAGGGAGCAAAUGGUGGUGAGUACAUUAAUCGCAAAAAAAUUCAGUGUGCUGAGAAGAUGAUAAGAGGGGCAUUUUUGAGUGUGUGUUUUGGCAGCUCACUCAAUAUGGUGGCCUUCACUAAAAUACUCAAGAAAUUCGACAAGGUGUCAAGCCAGCAGGCAUCAGCAAGUUACCUCAAAGUGGUAAAGAGAUCCCAUUUCAUUAGCUCGGAUAAGGUAGUAAGGCUAAUGGACGAAGUGGAGUCCUUAUUCACACAGCACUUUGCCAACAAUGACCGCAAAAAGGCCAUGAAGUUCUUGAGACCCCAACACCAUAAAGAUUCUCACAUGGUUACUUUUUUUGUUGGUUUAUUCACGGGCAGCUUUGUGACGUUGUUCAGUGUAUACGCAAUAUUGGCCCAUUUAAGUGGUAUGUUCUCACCCGGAACUGAAUCCGCUUACAUGGACACCGUCUACCCUAUUUUUAGCAUGUUUGCAUUACUGAGCUUGCACUUAUUCAUGUACGGAUGCAAUCUGUUCAUGUGGAAAAGCACGAGAAUCAACUACAACUUCAUAUUCGAAUUCCAGGCGAGCACAGCCCUUAAAUACCGAGACGCUUUCUUAAUCUGCACGUGUUUGAUGACUUCCGUUGUUGGGGCUUUGGUCGUACACCUAAUCUUACUGUCGACCGGCUUUUCACCUCACUGGGUCGACUCCAUUCCCGGGAUUCUUUUGGUGAGCUCUGCCAUGCUUUUGGUAUGUCCAUUCAAUAUAUUUUAUCGGCCGACAAGGUACUGUUUAAUUAGAGUCAUACGCAACAUCGUGUGCUCUCCAUUUUACAAGGUUUUGUUGGUUGAUUUCUUCAUGGCCGACCAGUUGACUAGUCAGGUUCCGCUGUUGAGGCACAUGGAAUCGGCAGCCUGCUAUUUUCUGGCAGGGAAUUUCAAAACACACCGGUACGAGACGUGCAAGUCUGGAAAGCUAUAUAGAGAGCUCGCGUAUGUCAUCUCGUUCGCACCCUACUAUUGGCGUGCCAUGCAGUGUGCAAGAAGGUGGUUUGAUGAAUACAACGCGGACCAUCUUGCUAAUCUAGGAAAGUACGUUUCGGCUAUGGUGGCGGCUGGGGCAAGGCUCACUUACUCCCAGCAGCCAUCGCAGCUAUGGAUGGUAAUUGUGUUAGUCACAUCAGUCGUGGCCACGGUUUACCAGUUGUACUGGGACUUCGUCAAAGAUUGGGGACUUUUCGACCCCAAAUCCAAAAACCUUUGGCUUAGGGAUGAGCUUAUACUCAAGAACAGAGGCAUUUACUAUGCUUCCAUUGCUCUUAAUUUUGUACUGAGAGUAGCGUGGGUGGAGACUAUGAUGCGGUUUAACACGGGGAUGUUUGAGUUACGGGUGAUUGAAUUUUUUCUUGCAUCGUUGGAGGUUAUUCGACGUGGGCAUUGGAACUACUAUAGACUGGAAAAUGAGCAUCUGAACAAUGUUGGAAAAUUCAGAGCAGUGAAAACAGUUCCAUUGCCGUUCCGUGAGGCGGAGUCUGACGGGUGA